AUGCCGUAUGCUAAGACCUCGCAGGAGUCCUCCUCGAAUGUUUCAGCCCAGCAGACGUCAGCAGCCGAUGCAGCAGCUACGAACAAGUUGAAGAGAAGGAGUCUGCUUCCGCAAUUCAAUCGCAAAUGCUCUAGCGAUGACAAGGUCGAGCUUGGUAUUAGGGAGGAAGAUGAAGACUGCAAGUCGAGACCGUCUUCUGGAAGCACCCGCGAUUCCAGCGAGCGGUCGGGUAGGAGAGGGAUAGAUGAAGACAGGAAGGCUAUGCCACCGCCGUCUCGGCUUUCACGGCCUACCUCAAUGGUUCCACCUAGAGGAGCGAGCAUGUAUGCGAGGACACAUUCCAAGGCUCAGAGCGGAAGCGAGACUACGAGCGUCACACGUGAGGAUACGGAAGAAGACUUGGAGGCAGCCAGAGCGCAGUCUUUGGCGGCUUUGACAGGCGCUGCGCCCCCUGCACCCCAACAACAGACAACAUCUGGGUCUAGUCUACAGCGUACAGGGUCAACGAGACUGCCGCAAUCACCGCGAGCAGGCGGACCUGCGAUACCGUCCCGAACAACCAGCAAUAGAACGAGUCAAUCACACAGUCGCACGAUUAGUUCUGCGCUGGCGAGCGCCGGGGGCACGUCUAUUGCUGGAAAGAGGUCUUCCAUGGUCAAAGCAAGAGCCCCAUCGAAUGCAGACCAAGUGGCAGACGCAGCAGCUCCUCCACCAUCGCCACGAUCCUCAAUAUCUUCAGUCACCUCACGGCCGCGGCCGAGCUCGCAAGUGGGCGGAGAGCAGGUGUCGCCGCCUCGAGCUAACGGGACAGGACGUCCCAGGCCAACAUCACAAAUGAUGCCUCCUCCAGCUCGACCGGCAUUCAGUACAUACCAACAGCACUAUUCGCCUGCUAAGGCUGCUUUGCCGAAGCCUCCUGUACCCUCAGGUAAAGCUCCGAAACCGACGUCAGCUCCUGAAAGUAGCAUGGACAUGACAUUCGACGUGGCGAAGCAACAGAUUGAACUACUUCAGCUAUCGCUAAUGCACCAAGCCUCGAGUAAAUGUAUGCAAGAGUACACCGCAAGCGCCAGACGGAAGCUCGGCAAGAAACAUACGAAACUACGGAAAGACUACGAAGGUAUCAGAGCGACCGAGCUGGUUCAGCAACGGACGGCAAACCUGUCUGCUCUAGAAACGUGGUGUCGAGAUCCUAGCAUGCUUGUGGAAAAUCUGCAGAUACUGAGUCUGGUCUACAGCGAUCUGACUUCUCUAAUCGGUGAUGGCAGCCGCCAUGCAGACAUGGUCAGCAUGUUCGAGCUGUGGAUGAACGAAGCUGAAGCUCCAGAGGCUGGGACGUUCCUUCAACCCUUACCCGACGACUGGAGGACUGCUCAUGCUUCGUUGGCGCUGAAGCUGAGAUCUGUACAGCGAAACCUACGCGUGCUUCCACCGCCGAGUGAUACAAGCGACUCGAGCUCUGGGCUUGCUGUGGUGUUGAAGGGCUGCGAGACGCUGGUCGACGGCAUGCUGAGGGAGUUGGAAAUGAUGAUGAAGCUGGAAAAGGAGCUGCUUACUAGGGAUAGGAGCAGGCUUGAGGAGGAUGUUAAAGUUCUGGUGCUUGAUGAUCUCAAAUGCUCCGAGGAGACCCCAGUGUGCGCGCAAUGCACGAAGGCAAACCGAGAAUGCCUACCCGCUUCCGGCGUCACCUUUCGCCAUCAGCAGAACCCGUCGAUGAAUGGGGCUGACCAUGGCGAAGGCAGUCUGAAGAACUUCUACGGCUACAGGGAGACGUUCGCAAAGGCGACGACGUGGGUGGAUGUGCCGAAAGAUCUUACCUUUGUGCACACCAACAAUCCGUAUGAGGAUGAAGAGAACGGGCAAUAUAUGGGAGAGGUGGACAACAGCUUUCACACGCCUGCUGGCGCCAAAGCCAACCAGGCGGCUGCGAACGAUGAGGAAUACGAGCUGGCGAGACAACUGGCUCAGGCAGCCUAUCCAGCAUAUGCAACGCAGGGUUUGGAAGCUCUGAGUGCUGUUGCGAGUAGAGACCAGUACAGCUACGCUCCACCACCUGCGCCCAUGGGCCAACAGGACCAGCAGCUCUCUGGCGCCAGUCCACAGAGCGUUCAAGCAAAUGCAAGCCGUAAUCUCGACCACAUCCUUAACCCAGCUUCAGGCAGCGGCAAUAUAGACCCCCGGCUGCACUCUGAGCUCGCAACCAGCCCAACUCUUGCCACAAAUCCACAGCCCGAUCGGACUCCCGAACAUGUACGUACAGCAUCGUACAGCUCUUCAUAUCGACGGCCUAGCUUACGUGCUGCGAAAGGACCGGAUGAACGCCACUUCGAUCGAAGACAAGCUGUCGAGAGCCCUGAACUAGGAUUUCUACUCCGCGACUUCUCAGAGCGAUGCGGGUUAUGGAUGGACCUCUUCGACCUGAACUUGUUCUUCGCAACUGCUGUUCCGGUCCUGUCCGUAAAAUGCCCGCUUCUAAUGUACUCGUGCGUGGCCUUAUCGGCGAAGAGCCUGGCACGAGUAGGCGGCAGAAGGCCAGUUAUGGGCGGACAAGUCGAGCCAUCACGGCGGAGCAAGAUUGAAUCGUGGCCGGACCCAGAGAUGGCAGACACAGACUGGUACAACAAGGCUAGAGAGUACUACGACUUAGCUGUAUCACUGUUGCGACAAGCACUUGCGGGCGGCGUUCGACCUCUCACCUCUUCCUUCCCUGAGCAUGCUUCACCAAGUAGCAUCACCGCCGCUCAGCGCCAACCGCUACCUACGCCCGACUCCGAUGAGCUCGUUGCUGCGACGGCGAUCCUCUGUGUUUACGAGUUUCUUGAUGCUUCUACGCCUGAGUGGAGUAGGCAUUUAGAUGGAGCUAAGAGUUUGUUCGACAUCGCCAACGACCGAAUGAUGCACCUCACCCAGCCACCAUCGCCCAAUUAUUCACGAACACCAGCAUCGCACGUGAGCAGUAACGCUGACUUGACACGCCGCUGGUUCUCUCCCGGCCGCAAAGCUGUCUUCUGGUGCUUCGCUCGUCAGGAUAUGCUGUCUGCGUUCAUCAAUAACACACACACUCGGCUUGAUACGUUUGAUCUAGAUUUGUGGCGCGGCGCUGGUCUCAAGAUUACGUCUGACGGCUUCAUCUGCCCCAGUAAUUCACAGCAGCCUGACUACCAUCCGGAUAACGCGAUGUCGGAUGAUAUGGUCAGCAAUGGACUCGUAUGGCUCAUGGCAAAGCUCGUCAAUUUCAUAGCUGCUGGUGAUGCGGUGCCGGAAGGGUUAUCGCCUUUUGGCCUUGGGAUGCGCCAGCGAGAAUUGUUGGAGUACUGGGAGAAGCUGGACAGUCAUCUCCGAGCCUGGCAUGAUGGCUUGCCCGAUAGCUUCCACCCCACCGCUGUACUCUCUCCUCAGACUCAUACAGAGAUCGAGGAGAAGUGGUAUCCGCGACCCCUGUGCGCAUCAUCAGCGCAGUGGUGGCACUUCGCUCGAAUUCAACUCCUUCACAACAAGCCUCACGUCACAACCGCUACUGCGCCAUCUGCUACUCGACCUGGCUUCGGCAACGUCGUCCCCGGUAACAGCUUAGCAGCACGACAUGCGUCCUACUCCUCCAUUCUCCAGCAGUCACGUGAGCACGCCAAAGAAAUCGUAGCCAUCGGUCUCGGCCGCAGCGACGAGGGAGCCAGGGUCCACUCUGUCCAGCCCUUGUGGUCAGCUGGCCUUGUACUCGGUGGAACGAAUCAUGAAGACGUCAGCGAUGAAACUUGGAUGUGGCGACGCAGUGUGGUCAGUCAGCUCAGAGGCAUCGAGCAUGAUAUGGGCUGGGCGAGUGGCUAUCGCGUUCAGUCGUUGCUCGAGCUAUGGGGUCUGUCGUCGGACUGGGGCGAGGAGGGAUAA